AUGAAUUACAACCUGAUUGUCAACUCAGGAGAGAAAUGUUUUAGGCCCACUUCCCAGUCCCAUCACUACACGUGUGCUGACGUCACGAUUCAAGCCACUCGGCCCGUGGUCACCCUUUCUAACGGCAUGCAAGUCGUCUGUGACACGGAGACAGACAACGGAGGCUGGAUCGUGGUCCAGAGGCGUACCUCGGCCGACGUGGACUUUUUCCGGGGCUGGGUGGACUACAAAAAUGGGUUCGGAGACCUGUCUGGAAACUUCUGGUUUGGGCUGGAGAAAAUCCACCACCUGACAAAUAAGGAGAGGUACGAGCUGCGGGUUGACUUUACGUACAAUGGGACAAACUACUACGCCAUUUACAAAAACUUUUUGUUGCUUGGAGAAUCCGAGAAUUACAAAAUUGAGAUCUCCGGAUAUUCAGGUAAUACAAGUGACCAAAUGAGGUAUAACAAUGGCCAAGCGUUCACAACCAAGGACCGUGACAACGAUGCAUACAGUUCUCUCAACUGUGCUAGUAGAUUUCACGGAGCUUGGUGGUACAACAAUUGCGCGUACGUGAACCUCAACGGGGCGUGGGUCUCAGAGGAGUUGGACAGGGGCUUGUUUUGGUUCAGUGUAACAGGGUAUGGCAACUCUGUCACCUUCAGUGAAAUGAAAAUAAGACCACUCGCAAAAUGA